AAUGGUUAUGUCUUCUGCCUAGGUGGUGUCUACUGUCCAGUGCAUCAGGGGAAGUUUUAAUUGCUGGUGCGACCUAGAUAGUGGUCUGAUGCAUUGCCAAAACGUCCAGACUGGAACCAAGCAAUGCACAGAGGAGGCUGCCCUGCACGGGUGUCAAACUCCAGUCCUUGAGGGCAGCUGCAGUGUCUGUGGGUUUUCCUUUCUCCAUUGCACUUAACUGAUCAGCCAAUGUUAUUGAUUGGAGGCCAAUGUACACCAGCGGUGUACUAUAUUAGUUAAUGUGCAACAUCCUGAACUUUACAGAUAGAAAUGGAAUGAAUAGACUCUAGACGAUUCCCAUUUCUAGAUGACAGACAAUCAUAUCUAUUCUGCAUAAAACAUUUAUAUCUGAGCGUACUCUGUUGCACCUGAACAGGGCCCAGUUCUAAAUUAGACACUGAUUUAAAAGGGAAAAAUGAAUAUCUGAAUUGUAUAGCGCACACCAUAGAAAAACUGUUUAAAAUAGAAAACACAAACAAGCGUAUCUUAUUGAACAACAUUUCACUCCGUUUCGGGUCACUGUCUUUCAUUUCGUGCCUACUGAACAUGACCCAGCAGACACUGCGGCAGCCCUCCAGGUAUUGAGCCCAGCUGUACAGGCAUAAGCCCUCAGGGUUUUAGUUUGGCUUCAGAGAAGAUGGAUGAUUGCAGUGGGACACCGGGGCUGAAUGUUUACGUCAAAGAGGAGGAGGAGGAGGUGCAGGUGGAGGAUUUCACAUUGAAGGACAAGGAGGCAUUCACAGUGAAGGAGGAAAAGGAGGAGGAAGCUUUCACAGUGAAGGAAGAGGUGUUGACUUUCACGUUUAAAAAAGAAGAGGAGGAGGUUUCAACAUUAAAAGAAGAAGAGGAGGAGGAGGUUAUCACAGUGAAAAUUGAGGAGGAUGGAGGUAAGAAUUGCACAAGUAGGCCUAAGCAAUGGCUUGAAAAUGUCAUUUCAACUCUUCAGUAGGACUGAAAGGGCAAUUUGAUGUUCUUCAUUUAAGUUCCCAAGGGGAUGUUCCACUCAAAAUACAAUUUAGCAUGAUUCUGAACACAUAACUUGGCUGUUGAUUCCCCAAGACAGACAAUUUUUAUAUUUAGUUCACUUAUAUUAACAUGAUUUUGUUGGGUCGGUAUUGCCAUAGAGCCCCAUUCAAUUUAAUUCCGAACAUUUGUCAACACUGAACACUCCUAUCCAACUCCUAUUAUAGCCAGUAUCGCUUUCUGAAGAAUGUGUCUGCAUUAGAUUUGUAAAAAGUCACUUUAUUGCUAGAAAAAGUCUGUGCUUGCUUCAGCUGCUAAAAAUGCUAAAUGCUAACCGGAAAAGGGAGAAGUGGUAGGGAGCUGACAACGGUUAUGUUAUAACGCCUUCUAGCAAAUAUGUAACUUUAUUUAUUAUUUUGUGCUGAUAGUAUAUUUUUACUUAUUUCCAAAAUUAUUAUCUUCGUCACAGGAGAGAGGCCUAGCCCCAGCACCGAGACUAGAUGGGGCUCAAAGAGUGGAAGAAGUUCGAUACAGGAACCGGACUGGCGAGCUCCCGUGGAGAAACCUCACUGCUGUUCCCAGUGUGGAAAAACCUUCUCAGAGUCCGGAAACCUGAAGCAACACAUGCGGACGCACAGCGGAGAGAGACCUUACCACUGCUCCAAAUGCGGGAAACGCUUCAUACAAUUGGGACACUUCAACAGCCACCAGCGCACGCACACGCAGGAGAAACCGUUCAGUUGCGGUGAGUGCGGGAAAAGUUUCUCUCAGAGAAUCAAUUUGAAGAAGCACCAGCUCACGCACUCCGGUGAGAGGCCUUUCCUGUGCUCUGACUGCGGGAAGAGUUUCUCUUCAUCCACCAACCUUAAAAGACACCAGAGCACGCACAGCAAUGAAAAGCCAUUCCAGUGCACCAACUGUGAGAAAAGUUUCACUCAUAUACACCACUUGACACGUCAUCAGACCGUACACACAGGGGAGAAACCUUACACUUGCUCUGACUGUGGGAGGAGUUUCUCCCUCCAGGGGACUUUAAAGAAACACCAGCGCACACACACCGGAGAGAAACCGUACCAGUGCUUGCUCUGCGGGAAGAAUUUCUCUCUUUCAGUGGCGCUGAAGAGACACCAGCUCAUGCACACUGGGGAGAAACCAUACCAAUGCUCUCAGUGCGGGAAGAGUUUCACCCAAAAGGGACAAUUAACUCAACACCAGGGCACACAUGAACUAGAAAAACCUUACCCCUGCUCCCAGUGUGGGAAGAGUUACUCCUCAGCCCCCUCCUUAAAAGCACAUCAGAGGACUCACACAGAGUCAACGUCACUCGCGAUGACGCCACAUUUCAUUAAGUAAAUUAUUGAACUGGUUGUCUCUGAUUGGGAGUGA